GCUCCAUUCAAGUUUUAGCAGGUGAGGAGCGGGCAUCAAGUCGACCAAGCAAGAAAGGAUUUGAACUUAAAGAUUUACACCCUAAAAGCGGAAAAAGGAUCUUUCCGCGGUUUGAACCUUUCUAUUUCACACCAUGAACAUCAAGACCGGUAAAGGAGACGAUCAGAGUGCCAUGGAUCCUUCAGCAGAUCAAAGUACACAGCAGGGGUAUCAGGAUCAGCCCCCGGCGUAUCCAGGUGUACCCCAACAGUUCACGUACCCGGGCCAUCCCCAAGUUUACCAGGACCAGCCUCAAGUUUACCCGGGCCAGCCUCAAGUUUACCCGGGCCAGCCUCAAGUUUACGUGAGCCAGCCUCAAGUUUACGUGCGCCAGCCUCAAAUUUACGUGGAACAGCCUCAAGUGAACCAGAGCCGGACCACGACCAGUCAGAGCGAAAGCAAAUGCCCCAAAUGUUGCUUGAAGACGCGUGACUGCCUGAUGAGCCCCGAGUGCGGCAGAGCCCUCAACAUCUCCAGCGUCAUCGCCCAGUGCGCUUUGUGUUUUCGCUUUUUCUUUUAAUUUCUAAUAAGAAAACCGACUACCAGGCCAUGCUGACGACUCAGAUCCUCCAACAUCCUGCCAGGAAGAAGACAAAAGAUAACCCAGAAAAACAAAACGCACAAAAAUACAACAAAAUACAUUGGACUCCAAACGCCAUUGUCGAUGAAUACAUGCAAGCUUGCACAUGAAGGAAUGAAUGAUGGCUGUGUCGUAUAUUUAAAAAAAAAUAUUCUUAUAAAUGUAUGGUUGUUUUUGCACGUUGUUGUUUUGUGGUGGAUUAUACUUUGAACAAUAAAAAAAUUAAGAAAA